AAUAUUUUGUGGCAGUGGGCGGGGACAGUUUCAGGGUUGCGCGCGUCGCGCACGGCGUUACUUGAAGAUGGGACGCGGCGUGAACGUGUGAAUGGCUUCCGUCCACAGUCAUAAGAGGACUUUUUCAUGCACCGACCACCAGGCAUCAAGAACCAGGCACAGUGCUCAUCCAUGGGCUGGACCAGCCUUUUCUCUGUGAUGCAGUGAUGUUAGGCAGCACUUCAGGGAACAAGCCAUGGCUGGGAAGCCAUUCCGUGCAACUUUUAUCUGGAGCAGCAUCAUUUCCAACCUCCAGGCUAAUGUUGAGGUCAAGCGGCGACGCCACAACCUGAAGUCUUACCAUGACUGCUUCCUGGGCUCAGAAGCUGUAGAUGUGGUGUUGGCACACAUCAUCCAGAACCAUUACUGUAAUGAUGAGGAGGUCCCACGAUACAAGGCCGUCCGUCUGUGUCAGGCCCUGAUGGAGUCGCGGGUGUUUGAGCCGGUGGACACCAAAGUGUUUUCCAAAGAAAAGAGGCGGGCAACAUUUGAAGAUAGUAGUUGCAGUUUGUACCGCUUCCUGAGUCCAGUGUCCAGCUCGCCAGCGCUGGACAACAUCAAGUCCCAGUCCACGAGUACCAUUGAGAGUGGCUACGACUCCCCAAGCAUACACAGUCUUAGUCCACCGUGUGGAAGCCAAGAGGUGCUGGGCUAUGCCACACACUCCCCUGUAAAAACGAACAAAUCACUGGAGGAUGUUCUGGGAAAUCUCAACCUGAGCUCAUCCAUCACGCCUCAGAUGAUCAACCUCGGCCUGUCUCAAGAGCUGGUGAAUGAGGUGUGGUACCAGCAGGCUGUGCUCAGGCUGCUGCAGCUGAUAGAGCUCCCCCUGCUGGAGAACCUGUUGGAGCGCAAGGACUCAUCUAGACGGCUGCGAAAUAUGGGCAGUGAUCCCGAGCAGCUGUACACAUCCCACUAUGUGGACAGAGAGAUCCUCAAAGCAUUCAGCGAAGCACAGGCUGAUGAGUGGCUGUCGGGAGCAGUGGACUGUUUGGAGCUUCUUCCGGAUGAACUUGUAGUGGAGGUGAGCAGAGGUUUGGCUGGUUGUGCUGACGACUUGCUCCAAUGCAAAAGGCUUCUCUACAGUGUGCUGGCUGAGCAUUACGGACACAGGCACCGACCACCACUGCUUAGCAACCACAUUUUUGACAUCCUUUCCGGCAUCUCGGAGCUGCUUGUGAACGGGAAGUGUGAACAAGCUCUAGAGGCUCUGCAGCUGAGUUUAAAGCUGCAGGACUCUGGCAGCAGGGAGGAGCUACGCCGGCUCCUGAUAUUCAUGGCCACUGCUGCCAAACCACAGGAGGUCAAACUGCACAAAGAGAUUGAGAACAGAAUGGCCGUCAAAAGGUCUUUCUCAAGUGCCAUCAUCUACAGCACAAAACUCUCUAAAGGAAAAGUGGACUUGAUGGUUCUCUUCAUGAUUGAUAACCACUGUGAUUUGUUCAAAAUUCCUGUGGUACUGCACAAGAUGGUCAGUGACAAAUUAACAAAUAUUGUGAAAGGAAACAAUCCUGAUACAAUAACAGGAUCUACAUACUGCAGGAGAGUGAACAUUAAAACUUAUUCAGACACUGUAAAAAAAACUACGAAAGGUGAACUCUGGUCGCUACUCCGGACAAUCCACGAGAACCCAAAACUUUCCAUCAGGGAAAAGAGACGGCUAUUGGCACAAUUCUAUAAAGGCCACCCGGACAUUUUUGUUCAGUACUUCGGUAACAGAUUAUCUACUGUCAACAUGUUGCUACAGUAAUAUUUAUUUGUUUAUUAAUUCUUGUAUUAUAAUGUAAAAUGUAGAUAUGAGAACAAAAGCGAAUGUUCAGCUUUCAUUUAGACUCCCAAUUAUCAAUGUGAAUUUUAAGUGUAGAGUUUUAAUAAGCUGUGAUAUUUAAUGCCAUGUGUUCCUAGAUUAAUUUUUUUAAAUACCCAAUAAGGGGCAGCACAGCAGCUUAGUGGUUAGCACUGUUGCUUCACAGCAAGAAGGUCAUGGGUUCGAUUCCCACCUGUGGCCUUUCUGUGUGGAGUUUGCAUGUUCUCCCUGUGUUUGUGUGGGUUUCCUCUGGGUGCUCUGGCUUUCUGAAAAGACAUGGAUGUUAGAUGAAAUUGAAUCUUUAAAUUGUCCAUAAGUGUACAUGCAGGUGUCAAUGUGUUUGUCUAUAUGUGAUCCUGUGAAAGACUAGCGUCCUGUCCAGGGUGUACCCCACCUCAUGCCCUAUGACUGCUGGGAUAGGCAGUCAUAGGGCAUGACCCUUAAUUGGAGUAAGCAGUUGAAGAUGAGUGAGUGAGUGAAAUACCCAAUAAGCAUCUGUUCACAUCCAUGUUAAAUACAUGCACUGUUUGUGCACAUGCAGCAGUAUAAUCAGUGUUAAGAACAAAACACCUGUUGGUUCAGUUUAUUAUGGAAUUUUUGGUGCAGCAAACAUUCAGAGAUGUAAAGGAGAAUCAUGCCCUGGAGUAAAGCCAAUUUUAUGAGAACAAAAACCUCAUGGUGCUGUCAGAAUGGUCUUUUAAAUAAUGUUUUGUUAUUACGUCUAAUCAGUUGUUCGUGUUUCUUCCGCUGUGUCAUGUGAUUAAAAAUGUUUUCAUACUGUGUAAAAACACAUUUUACCAGGUGUUGAAUUUAAACAUUUAUUGCCUAACAGUAAAACUACAGUGUGAAAGA